AUGGUUGCUUACAAGACUGCUGCUUUUGCUGUCGCUGGAGCCCUACUUGGCUUGUCUCGUGCGCAGACUUUCCAGAGACUGGGUGGCUGCCCUACUGAUCUAGGUUGCGUCUUUCCUCCUGACGAAGCCGACUUUCUUGCGGGACAGUACUUCGACAUUCGCCUGGAGGUCCACGCACCAGUCAAUGGCUCCGAGGCCAUCUCCAGGUCCCCGGACGAGCACUUCACCUUCACUAUCAAAAAGAAGGACUCCGACGACGAACCAGUGCCCGCUGCCAAAUACUUUCAAUUGGACGAGCCGCAACUAGAGAGAUGGAACUUCACCUGGACCGAGGACCUGUUUGCUCGUGACAUGGGCAGACCAUCCCUUGUGAAUGUCACCGCAAAGGCCUACCGCAAGGUCGCCCUCUACGAAGCCGGCGAAUACGAGGCCACUCUCACCUACUACGAUGGCCAGCAGACCGUGGCGAACUGGAUUGUCCGCGAUCUCGACGAAGAGCGCAAGACGAAGAAUAUUCUGCUUUUCAUUGGGGAUGGUAUGACAACGAACAUGAUCACUGCCGCACGCCUUAUUGCUCACAAGUCUGUAAAUGGAAAGUACAAGAGUUUGAUGCAAAUGGACAAGUUCCCUGUACUCGGUCACCAGAUGACGCACUCUAUGGAUUCCUUCAUAACCGACAGUGCCAAUUCAGCCACCACCCUUUACAGCGGCCACAAGACUACUGUGAACUGUCUAGGCGUCUACGCCGACUCCAGCAAGAACCCCUUCGAUGACCCAAAGAUUGAGACUAUUGCCGAGAUCUUCCAUCGUGUCUAUGGUGGCCACAUCGGGAUUGUAUCAACAGCCUUCAUCGCCGAUGCUACUCCUGCUGGAUUGACUGCUCACACGCGCGAUCGUGAUCAGUAUGGAGCCGUCGUGGACUCUUUUCUGAACGGCAUCACCAACUACACCUGGACAAACUGGACUGGCCCUGACGUUCUUUUCGGAGGUGGCGCCGAGCAAUUCUACAACUCGAGCAAGGGCGGUAGAACUUAUAUGGACAAAGACUACUAUCUCGAAUUCCAGAAUAAGGGCUACCAGCUUGCACAAGACGCCGACUCCUUAUCAAGCUUAAGCAACGACGAACGCGCACUCGGGAUCUUCUCCGUUAGCAAUAUGGCCAAAUGGCUCGAUCGCAACGUCUACACCAACAACCUCCGUAACCAGUCCAACAGCCCCGACGGGAACAAAGCUGACGCCGUGAACCAACCUGGCCUGAAACAGAUGACGCUCAAGGCCAUCGACAUACUCAAUACUCGCGCCGGUGAUAACGGCUGGUUCAUCAUGUCCGAGGCGGCCUCUAUAGACAAGCAAAUGCAUCUCCUCGACUACGACCGUGCGCUGGGCGAGUUGCUCGAGCUUGACGACACUAUCCGCGCUAGUAUUGAGCAUCUGAAAGAGCUUGGCACGCUCAAGGAGACCCUCAUCCUCGUCACAGCUGAUCAUGGUCACGGCUUUGAUGUGGCUGGUAGCGUUGACACAAAGUAUCUCUCUGCGCAGAACAACACGCGCUCGAAGCGCCAGGCCGUCGGUACAUACCAGAACUCUGGUCUGUCGCAGUACGCCAACACCGGGAACUUGACCUACACUGACGGUGUUCACUUCCCCUCCAACUGGGAUCCACGAUACACGCUAUUUGACGGCUUCAUGGCGAACCCCGACCGUCGCGAGAACUACAAAGUACACCAAACCGGCCCUCGUACACCAUCGCGUAAUCUCACGGGUCCAAACAAUUACUUCGUUAACCCGUCGGACAAUCCUGAUGGCCUCGUCGUCAAUGGGACCCUUCCUGUGGAAAACAGCCAAGGUGUCCACUCACUUACCGAUGUCCCAGUCUUUGCCAUGGGCCCAUGCCAGGAGCUUUUUGGUGGUGUAUAUAGUAGUACGGAUGUUUUCUUUGGUAUGGCCGACUGCCUCGGUCUGAGUAGGUAUAGCUCGGACGAUAGUGGCUAUCGUCGUGAUAAAUAG